CCCAUGCUCCUUCUCAUCUUCUGUUCUAUUAAAUGGCAGCCAUUUCCGCUCCCCAUUUCACCACAGCAGGUUCCAUCUCCAUCCUGAUUGAUUCCCCAGACUUAACCAAGCACCAUGUUUUCCCACCACCAAAAAGCCGAGAAAGCCAAUCCCCCUGCCCAUGAAGAAUCACACAGGGGAAUGGAACACGAGAUCAAGGAGCUGAUCCAUCACCUUACUGGCAGAUUAUCAGACCUCCAUAACCAUCACCCAUCCAAAUCCCACCACCCAUCGCAGCAGCAACACCACGGUGGCCACGGCGACGACCACGACCCCGCCGGCCUGAAAGUGAUUGCCCUCACCGGAAACAACAACGGCGCUUCCAUGAAGGCCGGCCGCGACGAAGUCGCCGACACGCGCGUCAGCUCCCCCGCUGAUGGUGAGGCCGUUGCUGCAUAUGCCAACAGCAACUUUCAGGCUGUGAACAACUCGGUGGUCGUGGGAGGGAGCUGCACUGCGAACGACCCUGGCAUCCAUUUGGAUAUCCCCAUCGAGACGUUGGAGCCAGAGUGGCAGCACGAGGAGUACAUGAAAAUGAAGAAAAAAGACAAGAAGCAGAAGAAAAAGGACAAGAAGGAGAAGAAGAAGAAGAAGAAGGAGAAGAAGUCUGAUGCUUCUUUCGAAGAUGGUGGAGAAAACAAGAAGAUGCAGGAGAAGAAGUCCAGCUCCUCUGAAUCUUCUUCUUCUUCUUCUUCUUCUUCUGAAGAUGAAGGAAAGCAUUGAAGGAGAUUCAUGGUUGUUCACAGUUGGUGCGUGUUGCGUAUGACGUGUAGACGCAUGAAGAGAGUGUGUGUGUGCGGUUAGUCGUCUAAGUAUUGGAAUCUGCAAGGUCAAUAAGUGGGAGGAAGAAUAAUGGUCAUUAAUAGCAUGUUGGAACAGAGAAUUAAUAACACGAUCAAGAAAGCAUUGCAAUUGCUUGCCACGGUUGAUGCCGUGAAGAAAAAGUGAAUUAGCCACAAAACGUAGCGUGUUUGGAUGCAAACACGGUCUCUUUGUUUAUACUUUAAGCGGAUUAAUGAUUCUUCAUUCUUGCUUUAACCA